UUUCAUAUAAACCAUAAGAGCGAUAAAUAAUUCUCUGAUUUCAGACAAUGUUGAACAGCCAAGGAGCGGGCGGCGGUGUGAACAAACAAUUUGAAAUAAGUUCGCUAGGAUCGAAUUACGAAAAUAAAGAAAAGGUCGGAGGACCCAUCAGAAAUUUUAAAGCAGAAAAGUACGAAAAAACGGAAUUUCCAUUAUGUCCUGAUGCUGGAGAUUCUUAUGAGAAACUGAAGAAAAUUGGCCAAGGCACUUUUGGAGAGGUUUUCAAAGCAAGAUGCAAACACACAAAGAAACUUGUAGCCUUGAAGAAGGUCCUCAUGGAUAAUGAAAAAGAGGGAUUUCCAAUUACAGCUUUGAGAGAAAUAAGAAUUCUUCAGCUUCUCAAGCAUGAAAAUGUUGUCAACCUUAUUGAGAUAUGCAGGACAAAAGCAUAUGCACAGAAUCGAUACAGAAGUCAAUUCUACUUGGUAUUUGAUUUCUGUGAGCACGACCUGGCCGGACUUUUAGCCAAUUCGAGCGUCAUCUUCUCUCUUGGAGAAAUAAAAAAAGUGAUGCAGCAGCUGCUGAACGGUUUGUUUUUCAUACAUUACAACAAAAUACUUCAUAGAGACAUGAAAGCUGCCAACAUUCUUAUAACUAAAAAUGGGGUUCUCAAGCUGGCUGAUUUUGGGCUAGCAAGGGCUUACAGCAUAAGCAAAAAUCAACCAAAUAGAUACACAAACAGAGUGGUAACACUUUGGUACCGUCCACCUGAGUUGUUGUUAGGGGAACGAGAUUAUGGGCCUCCAAUUGAUCUCUGGGGUGCAGGAUGCAUAAUGGCCGAGAUGUGGACUCGAAGUCCAAUUAUGCAAGGUGGCACGGAGCAGCAUCAAUUAACGCUCAUCACUCAACUGUGUGGUUCCAUCAAUAUCGAAACAUGGCCAGGAGUAGAAAAAUUAGAACUUUUUAACAGGAUAGAGUUGCCAAAAGGUCAGAAACGCCGAGUGAAAGAUAGAUUAAAGAAUUACGUCACAGAUCGUUACGCUAUAGAUCUGUUGGACAAACUCUUAAUCUUAGAUCCUAAACAGCGAAUAGAUUCAGACAAUGCUCUCAAUCAUGAUUUUUUUUGGCAGGAACCGAUGCCUGUAGAUUUAGCCAAAAUGUUAUCACACCACACCACUUCUAUGUUUGAGAUGCUGGCUCCUCCUCGCAAGGGCAGAAUCAUGCAAGGUAUGCCUCAACAACAACCACAUCACCCCCUUCCUCAUGCAAGGCCUCCCCUCCCAAAUGCAUCAUUGCUAUCUAAUAAUGAUCAGCACUUCGAAAGAGUCUUCUAGUUUGUUCUCCUGUGAUUUAUGUUGUAAAAAUUAUAUACAGAUUCAUUUAAUGCUUUCUUUCAUAUACUUUUAUGCAGCUACGGACGGAUGCGAACAUUUAUGUUUUAUUAUGUUGUGCAUUUUAUUUUGUUACAGUUAAAUUAUUUAAGCUGUAAGUAAUUAAAUUGUUCUCAUUCGUUUACUAAAUACAUGCCAUAUUUCUAUUGGUUUAUGUGAAAUAAAAGUUUGAAUUUUACAA